GAUCAUACAGUGUACUCCAGACCGCCUUGUGGUGUGUGUCUCCUGUUACUAUAUCUAGUCCUUAGUUGCAAAACCCCUUACCACAAGAUGUCGAUGAGGUGGUCGAUGGUGGUGGUGCGGCGGGUGGCGGUGCCUAUCCUACAGUCCUCGAGGGCCAAUCAUGCUAGAGGCAAGUCAACGGCUGUGCCCUCGACAAUGAAGACCGAUUCGACUGCUACCCCGCCCGUUAUUACAUCUGUGUUGCCUGCCCACCAUCUUGCCACCAAAGUUAUCUUCGACACUGACACCACGGCUGACUUCAAGUACAUCUGGCUGAGGGACAAUUGCCAGUGCCCUAGAUGUGUGGACCCCAGCACAAGCCAGAAACUGGUGGACUCUCCAACUCUCGAUGUGAACAUAAAGCCACUCUCCCUUACCAUGAAUGAUGCAGGCAAACUAGAGAUCAUUUGGUCUGAGGAAGGAGAGAAUCACAAGUCAGAAUAUGACCCAGCAUGGCUAUUAAAGUAUGGGAAAUCCUUCAUGCACAAUAAAUUUGCUAGUGAUAGCAUGGACAUGGAGCUGUUGACCCAACGCCCAGAAUUUGAAUUGUGGGAUCGGACAACCAUCUGGUCCAGCUUCCCCGAAAUGUCUUAUAAUGAGGUGAUGGAGACUGACAGUGGUCUCAAACAGUGGCUGGAUAUGUUUUACAGGUAUGGUGUUGCCGUUCUCCGUGGAGUGCCACCUAAGGUUAACAAAAUUGUAGAUGUUGUGAAAAGAUUUGCCUAUGUGAAAGAGACCCAAUAUGGUCACACAUUUGACGUAAUCAACAAGCCAGUGGAAGGUUCACAUCUGGCAUAUACUGGUGUUGCCCUGGCUCAUCACACAGACAUGAACUACAGGGAGAAGAGUCCUGGGAUGCAGCUUCUCCACUGUCUCAAAGCCAACGACCCCAAACUUUCUGGCUCUGACCCAGGUGGACGAUCCUUCUUUACUGAUGGCUUCAGAAUUGCUAGAUGGCUAGAAGAAAAUGAGCCAGCAGCUUUCCAUGUCCUUGCCUCUACACCUGUCAGAUUUUCCAUAAAGAAUGAAGGUCGGCAGUAUUCGGCUCUGUGGCCCAUCUUGUGCACAAACAGUGACGGGGAUGUGACAGAGGUGCAUUACAAUAACCGCACAAUGAAGCCUCUUCAGGCACCCACACAUGUUGUCACGCCAUUCUACCAUGCAUACAAGUUGUUCUCUAGUAAACUUCGUGAUCCAGCUGCAUGUCUAGAGUUCAACAUGGUACCUGGUGAUCUGGUAGCCUUUAACAAUCGAAGAGUUCUUCAUGGGCGCACUGCCUUUGAUGCUACCAAGGUUAACAGGCAUCUACAGGGCUGCUAUGUAGACAUUGAUGAAGCUUUCUCCAAAUACGAUAGCUUGAGAGCCAAAUUCCACCUCACAGUAUGAUGUGAUGAUGGAACAGAAGACUGCAGUCAGGGGCAUGACAGCAAUGUGGUGUUGGAUUUAAAUGGCUCUUGCUAGUUUCUUGAGGGACCUCACGUCAGGUAAAUGUCUUGUAAUAUAUAUUUCUCUACCAAAAGAAAUAUUUCAUAAACGUUCAUCAGUUGGCUUUAAAGUUGGCCACAGAAGGCAAAAACUGAAUUUAUUAAAUUGUGGUUCUGGGUUAUGCUGCCAAAUAACAAGUUUUAAAUUGGUUUUAAAAAUUUAAAAAAUAAAAAAAAAAGUAUAUUCGUAACUUAUUUAAUUUUAAAGUACAUUGUCUUGCAGAAUGCUACACUAAUUUUCUUUACUGUGCUCUCUAAAAAAAAAACGUGUAGACCAAACUUAUUAGAUGGUUCAUUUAAUGAAGUAUUGGAGGCAGAUGUCUAUUCUGUCCUGUGAGACAUGAGCAAGAUUCUUUCUAUCCCUUUCCCCAGAGAUAUUUUUAAUUAUCCAAUAACUCUUAAUUCGUAAUACUGUAAUUUUUAAGUUUUCUUAAUAUUUUAUGAAACCUACUUAGAAAAAAAUAUUUAAUAGUUUCAAAUUAGAAUAUUUUAAAUUUAAUUAAUUACUGUACUUUGUCUUAAUGUUCAAUAUGAUGCCUUGAUAUAUUGCCACAUUGAAUAGUGAAAUUAGUUUUAUAUUAAAUCAAAUCUGGCACGCAGUCAUGCAUGUUUAUAUUUUUUUAGCACAGUCUAUUUUAAAUGAAUUUAAUAAGGGGCACCAGUACAUUAGCUUCUAUUCAUAACUUUUGAUGUUAGAAUGCGAGGCAAAUGACUACAGAAGCCUUCAUAAAUACAAAAGCAAGCCGUUUUAUCUUGUAUACACUGUUAAUGGAUAAAAUCAAAAUACACUGGUUGGAAAACUUGGGCAGAUAUUGAUCUAAUGUACCAAUAUAUAAUAUGCAAAUUGACUUAAUUUCUAGGCAUGUACUGUAAGUACAUAAAAAUCAUUACGUGUUAUUGAAGCACAAAUCAUAGGUGGUGGAGGAAAAAAAAAGGGACAUUUUUUUUAAUAUUUUGUCGCUUGCUAUUCAUCUAAAUUGGUACAUUUGUUAUACUUUUUUCAAAUGUCAAGAUUUUCAGUACAGCAUGUAUAUAGUAUUUGAUGUCUUGAUAUGAUGUGCAUGUUAAGUUUCUGCAACUGUUAUAAUGGAUAAAGUUUGUUGGAAAGAAUAUUAUUCAUUAUUUUGAAGUGUUCUUCCUAUACUAUUCUUGGUAAGAAUACAGUAUAUAUACCUACUAGCAAAACUGCCAUUCAUGCCGUAUUAUGAUGAUCUCAAAGCUUCACUUGGGCAUUAGUUGCCUCCAUAAAGCAGUGCUCUGUAUACAGUCUUUUAAAACUACCUAAAAGUCCCAAAAUGGUUUACAUUUGACUUGAGUUGUAGAUAUUGGAGGUGGAAAAAUACAGCCAGAAAUGGUAUACUGUACUGAGAAAGUGUAAAUUUUAUAUGCUCUAGGAGCUUGAAUACAGUAAGUACUCUACCAUACAGUAUAUUGCUAGUUUUAAAUUUGUUUAUUAAUGUGGUGCUCAUUAUCAAAGGUGGUGCUGUAUAAAUGUGAAUUUUUUGCAGUUGAAAAAUAAAACUAAUAUAUACUG